UGUGAUUGUAAUUUUAUAGCGUGGUACCUAUGGCUAAUAUUUUGGAGUAGAUAAUAUAAGGUCUUUCUCGCGUAUGAUCGGUCUGUGUAAAAUAUUCGCUCGACGAGAGCAUACACCGCAGUGUUAAACACCAUAUAUAUAAAAUAAUACGCGAAUGUUACAUCCAGCAACAAAAUGUGGGUAUCCUUAAUUCUUGUGAGCAUCCUAAUAGUGACGGAUAUUAGCAAAGCUGGCCCUUUACGGAACAGAUAUUCAAAAUAUCUAGAACUAGAACCAGUUGAAAGAUUUAUAGAAUACAUCCGUAUAGACACCAGCAGAGAAGAAAAUAUCAAACAUGCAAUUGAUUUCUGGGUACGACAGGCAAAUGAAGUGGGCUUGCCUUACACCGUGUAUGCUCCAGCCGGCAAGCCCAUAUUUGUGGCUACUCUGGAGGGCUCUGACCCCUCUCUACCAAGUAUCAUGCUCAACUCACAUAUGGACGUAGUUACAGUUGAUGAGACCGAGUGGAUGUAUCCGCCUUUCGCAGGAUAUAUGGAUGCAAAUGGCGAUAUUUUUGGGCGUGGAACACAAGAUACGAAGGACAUAAGUAUACAGUACCUGGAAGCUCUACGCAAAUUUAAAAAGGAUAACAUUACUUUAGCGCGUACCAUACAUCUUACUGUUAUGCCAGAUGAGGAAUCUGGUGGCAAGAAUGGUAUAAAGGCGUUUAUCAAAACAAAACAAUUUAAAGCAUUGAACAUUGGCUUCGCUUUGGACGAAGGCCUGGCAUCUGGAGAUGACACUAUGAUUGCUACAUAUGUGGAUAGGAGACCUUGGCAGAUGAGGUUCACAGUCCAUGGUCAAGGCGGUCAUGGUUCUUCAAUAGCCGAAGAAACAGCUGCUGAAAAGCUUUACAAAUUAACGGAUACUAUAAUGGCGUACAGAGAAAUCCAGAAAGACAUUAUGAGGGCGAAGAAUGCUACCGAUUACAGUGGGUUCAACAGCAUCAAUAUUAAUAUGUUUGACGGUGGACAAGCUCCAAACAUAAUACCUUCGAAAUUGUCACUCGUUGUCGACAUGAGGCUGGCUCCCGAAGCUGAUGCUGACGAAAUCCAAGCUUUAGUGGACUCGUGGUUGCGGGAGACUGGUAACGGUACUGAGUUGUCGUACAUCCGUCACGAGAAAGUGUCGCUGCCUACUGUUUUAGACGACUCUAACCAAUAUUGGGUUACAUUAAGGAAUACGUUAAACAAUAUGGGUAUCACAGUUAGAUCGAUGGUGUGUCCAGCGACGUCUGACAUCAUGAAUCUCCGAAACCUCGGCAUACCAGCCCUAGGUUUCACGGCGAAGUCCAACACAAUAUCAAGGAUACACGCCAAGAACGAAUAUAUUAACGUAGAGACUUUCCUCAGAGGCAUCGAAAUAUACACUGAACUAAUAAAGAAUUUAGGAAACUUAAUCAACUCUUGAUAAUACGUUACUGUGAUUGGUAUUUAUAAAAAAAUAGUCAUAGAAUAAUUGUAGGA